UCGAGCGCAACUAAACAGCACGGUGCGCACCCGAAAAACAAGCGGUUGAUGCAUUUCCUUUAUCAUGUCAAGUGCGGAGAAGCGAUAUGAUGGAUCUGAGGAGGACAUUCAAUUCGUGAGAAAGCCCAGCGAUAUUGAUCCUUAUGAUGAUGAUCCGAAUACUUUAAGAGCUGAAUUAUCCUGUGGUCACAUCACUGGACCACAGACACUGACAGACUACUGCAGAAUACAGCUGAUUGAUGGUAAAGCUGAGCUAAGAUGCCCUUUGUGUCAAGAACAAUGGUCUUACACUGAAGUACGUAAACUAGCCAAACUCACACCUGAAGAACAGCUAUACUUUGAGGAAAGACUUGCCAACAACGCUACUAGAAAGAUAACAGACAUCAAGAACUGUCCUGGUUGUGAUUGGUUGAUCGAGAGAUCAGACUCAUCUAAUCUCAGCGUGCAGUGCACCGUUUGCUCUGUAAAGAAUAAAAAAACCUUUGAGUUCUGCUGGCAGUGUUUGAGAGAAUGGAAAGGCCAGCGUCCUCGAUCUGAUCGAUGUGACAAUGAAGGCUGCAGCAACAGAGAUCUGGAUCUGCUGAGAGAUUGUGCAACUAUUAUUUUACAAGAUGCUGCAAAUAUUGUAUGUCCAGCUGUUCGUGCCUGUAUAACAUGUGGUUUGCUGAUUACCCACAACACACAGAGGUGUAAAAAUAUUGUAUGCACUCGUUGUACUAAGGAGUUUUGUUUUGUCUGUCUGAAGCUCACACCUGACUGUCUGGCGACUAGUGAUUACUAUAUUCCCUGUUCAGAUGGUGUGGCUCCAAGACAGACUUCAAUUCCAGUUUGGAGAGAUAACCAAUAAAAAACAAACACAGUUGUAGUUAUGUGGUUAGAUACUAUUUAGAAAGCAUGUGUAGUAUAGUAAUAUUAUAUAAAAGGCCAGCCCAAAUUAAUAAUUACUAAUCAAAUCUUUCACCCUGUCUGUUUCUCUGCCUACCUGUACCUCAUCUGCUGAGACCAUCACAGCCUUCAAGAAACAGCUGAAUACACACCUCUAAUUAGCAUUUAGCUAAUUCCUGUUCCUCAUUUGUAGGUCACUGUGGAUAAAAGUAUCUGCAAAAAAAAAAUGUAAUGUUAUCAUUGUUUCAGGUUUGUCAAGCGUUAGUAAAGUCUGCUGUUUUAAGUGUAACAUGUUAUAAAGGUAUUGCAUGAAACAUGGUAAGUGGUAAUUAUAAAAUGCUUGUUCUGCACUUUUUUAGACUAAGAAAAGCCUGAGACCCAUCAAGCACUUAAACCUCUCUUUAUUUCAUGUUAGCUAUUUGCUAAAGUCACUAUAGUGCAUAACCAAGUGUCAGGUAUCAUUGUCAUUGUUACUUGUGCAGUGAAAGAAGCUGUAUGUCUAAAUAAUAAAG